CGGCCUCCUCUACCUCAACCACUGCGAGCUCCACCGCGCCGCCUGUGUCACUGGGAAGGCCAUUCACAUAGACAGGACAAGGAAGUGCUUCAGAAAAGGUCUCCAGCCCAUCACCUGGGACAACAACGCGCCCACGUCAGCCACCCCUGCCCCUGACCUCUCCGACCCCGCCCUCAAGCAGCUGACCCCCAUAGUCCGAGAUGACCUCACACAGGGCGGAGGAGCUGUCCUGACGACCCGCUCGCCCUUCACCCUCUGCUCGAUGCAGCAGUAUGAGAUCCUGAAGGAUAACCUCCUGCUGUACCACCACGCACGGCUCAUGGCAGAGAAGGGGCGUGGCUCUGAGCGAGAGUACCUGGUCGGCCUCAUGUUCUCCAAGUUUGACACCAACAACAACGGCGCUCUCGACAGGGAUGAGCUCGUGCAGGUCUCGCAGGCCGAGGAGGUGAGCCGCCUGGCCGAGGAGUGCUCGCUCGUCGACAUGCUCCGCUAUGACGACCCCAACGGCGACGGCCACCUAAGUCUCAACGAGUUCUAUACGGCCUUCAGUAAGUUGUACAGUGUCUCCGUAGUGUCCCUAGAUAAGGCCCUGGAGGUGAACCACGUGUCCGCCAGGGUAGGGGACAACCUCGAGAUCAAGUGUGACGUCACGGGCACGCCAACGCCACCAAUUGUCUGGAGAAGAAAUGGUCUCGACCUCGCGGCUCUCAACUCCGAGGACAUCCGCGUGUUCGUGGACGGCUCCCUGUACCUCACUCGCCUCCAGCUGGUCCACGCAGGCAACUACACGUGUCAUGCGGACAGGAACAAGGAUGUUGUGCAGACCCAUAUCCUCACCGUGCACACCGUACCCACAGUGCAGGUCACCCCCCACAUCCAGAGUUUACGCCCGGGAGAGGAAGCCAUCAUGAACUGCCGGGCCACUGGAGAACCCUUCCCAAAGCAGGUGGAGUGGCUCAAGAACGACGAGCCGUUGCGAGUCGACAUCCCACACAAGUACGAGGUGGUCGGCAACGGCACGCAGCUCCGGGUACGCAACAUCGGCUACGCAGACACGGGCGCCUACAUGUGCCAGGCGACCAGCGUCGGGGGCAUGGCCAGGGACAUCAGCUCGCUCGUCGUGCAGGAGAACCCGGCGCCCACCGGAGAGCAGCAGGAGAGCCGCGUGUUCGUCUACCACGACUGGGGCAUCGCCGUCUAUGAGCCGGACGAGUGCCGCCUCUUCCACGUCAUCCAGGGCACUGACGUCAUCCCCGGCACGCAGGAGUACGUCUGCGGAGACAAAGGCACCAACUGCUCGUGGGGGCGCGCGAUUAACGUGGCCGAGCGAUACAUCUACGUCACGCAGCCAAGGAGAGACAGAGUCCUCGUUGUCUCGGUUCAGCAGAUGGUCGUCGUUGAUGUAAUUGUGACUGACCAGUAUCCUGUCGACUUGUCCUACGUCCCCAACCUCGACCAGGUCUGGGUGCUCAACUGGCGUUCGACCAAAGAUGAAGGAGUGAAAACCAUACAGGUUAUUCGGGACGCCUCGCAGAAGAAGAAGCACCACACGGUUCACCCGGAGCCGAUUGAUGGACAUUUCGACCUUGUGAAAGACCUGUUCGUGCCACCUACACAGGACCUUGGCCAUGACUUCCGCUACGCCUACGUCACCCACACCAACCAGCGAGGUCUGUACAAGCUCGACCUGGCCAACAUGAAAUACGUGAAGACCGUCGACCUCACGCCAUACAACUGUGUUCCUCAGCAUCUCGUGUUUUCGUCACUCCACGGCCUAGUGGUCAUGGAUUGCCAGGAGCCCGUGACCGGCCGGCGCACGGGUCAGCUGGUCCUGGACUACCUCACCGACGCUGUUCUCAGCCACAAGACCAACCUCAUGGGUCGUCCUCACGUCGUCCCCGAUUCCUCGCUUGUCGUCACGGUCGAUACGCUCUACCACGUGAAGAUUGUCGUUCAGAAAGUUACAGAUCACGGACUGGAGUAUGUGUAUGACGUCAUCACAACUCUGAAUGUGAGUGAUGUGACCUUCUUCCCCUCACGUCUGACACACAGCUAUGACCUGUAUGCUGCGUCUACAGACAAGGACGACAUUUUCUUCCUCGAACUGCACACAGGCAAAGUCGAGAUGAUCACGGGCGUGGGCAAGGCGAUGCCCCCCGAGCUGGCCGAGUGGAGCAACACCAACCGCGCCAUCGUUUCCGCCGGCGUCUUCGGCCACUACAUGGUCUCCCCUUCAGAGGCCGCCAUCUUCGUGAUCAACGGCGAGACACGUACGGUCAACUGCGAGAUCGGCUCGCUGGUGCACCCCCGCCUGGCCGUAUGGGUGACGAAGAAGUACAUCU